GGGUUAGGUCGUAGGGUUGUGCGCAAAAAUUUAUGUUUUAGGUGUUGUUCCUCUUUGACGAGAUACUGGACUUGAAAGCAUUUUUAGAAAAGGUUCUGCCUCCAGAGUAAUAUUUAUUGGGAAAGUCGUCUGACUCUUUGAAGGUGUACAGUUGUCUUCAAAAGACAUUGAAAAGUAGCAAAUAAUCCAUUAGCUCUAUAUUUUACAAAUCAGUAUCAAGAAAUGACCUGCUGUCCAGAUUACAAUGUAUUUUACUAUUUGGAGAAAAUUAAUUUGACACAGUAAUAUUCCUUACAUGUGUGUGUUAAUGUACACCAACAUGUGCACAGUUAAAACUGCACCUUUCUCUUUACCUUAACACACAAAGCUAACCAUUCAAAAUAAUGUUUUUACACAAUGAUAUCAUUCUGAGUGGGAGUCAGUAAGUCAUUUUACAUUGACUGCCUGUAAAACAGAGGAAAAAAGUGUGGGUUGUAUUUUUGUGAUUGCCUUCAUAUAAUUGAAUGAAUAGCAAGUGCUCAUCCAUUUGACUGAAAUGUACACACUAGGGAAUGAUGUAAAAUGUUUAUUUAUGAUGUAUAAAGCAAUUUUGUGAUUUGCAUGUCAAAUGUUUUAGUACCUACAAAAAGUAGGAAUCGUUAUCUUCCAUGAACACAAUGUACAAAACAAUAAUGCAGUAAAUUAGUGAAGUUCUUGUAAAUGAAUUAUUUUAUGGUGUUGUUCUGUCGGUGGUCAAUGGUUUAGAAGUAAUUUCUAAAUAUUUAUCUACAGGACUGCUUGAUGUCACUCUACUUUGAAUUCUGAUUUGACUGUAUAUUAUAUUAUACAAGCACUUCCAUACCUUCAGAACUUUCAUUAUUCUAUAUCGUAUUGCAUGUGGAAACAAUUUGUUGUGUGUUCUCUAUAGAAGUGAAUAUAGUGUGUAUGUGAUGAGAGCAAUAACUGUUUGGAAAAGUGAUGGAUUACCAUUAAUUAUGAAUUGAAAGUUUAUUAGAUUGCUUGAUGACCUUCCUGUGGAAUAUAGGAUACCAUAAAGCAAUUACCAUAGUGGAACCGAGUGCUGCUACAUUUAGCUAUGUUGUUGAUGAAAUGUCCAUAAUGUAAUAAUUUCAUUUUCUUGUAUAGUUCUGUGCAAUUUGGUAUUAAAUUUGUCAUCCAUUGUUCUA